AUGAAAGCUCUCGCCACUCUUGUGUUGGCGGUGGCCGUCUGGGUGGCAGUGGCAGACCCGGGCGGCGGCUCCUGCUGUGGGGGCGGAGGACACGGCGGCGGUGGUUAUGGUGGAGGAGGAGGAGGAGGCAGCAUCAUAAGGGCCCAGCUUGUUGGCCACCACAGCCACACCACCGGCGGAGGCGGAGGCUACGGGGGUCGUGGCGGCAGGGGCUACGGUGGCGGCAGCCAGGGCCCUAGCAUCGUCAAGGCCCAGCUUGUCGGCCACCACAGCCAUACCACCGGCGGAGGCGGAGGCUACGGUGGUGGCGGCGGCGGAGGCUACGGGGGUGGCAGUCGGGGCCCCAGCAUCGUCAAGGCCCAGCUUGUCGGCCACCACAGCCAUACCUCUGGAGGGGGCGGCGGCUACGGUGGUGGUGGUGGCGGCUUCGGUGGUGGUGGCGGCUUCGGUGGUGGUGGCGGCUUCGGUGGUGGCGGCCACGGUGGUGGUGGUGGCGGCCACGGUAAGGGCUACGGCGGUGGCAGCGGCUGCUGCGGCUUCGUGUGGGCUGUUUUAUUGAGGACGAGACUAUCUAAAGGAAGAGCAUUGGUUGACCUGCAGGUGUUGGCGGUGGCCGUCUGGGUGGCAGUGGCAGACCCGGGCGGCGGAGGACACGGCGGCGGUGGUUAUGGUGGAGGAGGACACGGCGGCGGUGGUUAUGGUGGAGGAGGAGGAGGAGGCAGCAUCGUAAGGGCCCAGCUUGUUGGCCACCACAGCCACACCACCGGCGGAGGCGGCGGCUACGGUGGUCGUGGCGGCAGGGGCUACGGUGGCGGCAGCCAGGGCCCUAGCAUCGUCAAGGCCCAGCUUGUCGGCCACCACAGCCAUACCACCGGCGGAGGCGGAGGCUACGGUGGUGGCGGCGGCGGAGGCUACGGGGGUGGCAGUCGGGGCCCCAGCAUCGUCAAGGCCCAGCUUGUCGGCCACCACAGCCAUACCUCUGGAGGGGGCGGCGGCUACGGUGGUGGUGGUGGCGGCUUCGGUGGUGGUGGUGGCGGCUUCGGUGGUGGUGGCGGCUUCGGUGGUGGCGGCCACGGUGGUGGUGGUGGCGGCGGCUACGGUGGUGGCGGCCACGGUGGUGGUGGUGGCGGCCACGGUAAGGGCUACGGCGGUGGCAGCGGCUGCUGCGGGUAGGUCUCCAGCAGGCAAGAUUUGGCAUCUUUUAAGGGUGGCCGUCAGCCGGUCCUCGACUCUGUCCUUUUCCUUCCUUCAUGAAAAGAAAACGAUUCAAUAAACGAUCAAACUGUC